AUGCUCGAUAAAUUUCAGACAAUUGCUGGAAAUAUCGUAACGGCAACACCACUGAGUGAUUUAAAUCCGAUAUGGAUGGCAUCCGGAGCAUCGGUUCUUGUUAAUUCAGAGACUCGUGGUGAACGUUGCGUUUCCAUAGACGAUAAAUUUUUCAUCAGCUACAGGAAAACUGUUAUUUGUCCUGAUGAAGUAAUCUGUGGUAUAUGGAUUCCAUUCACUAAAAAGGAUGAGCAGUUUAUGGCUUAUAAACAGUCACAGAGGCGGGAGGAUGACAUAACAAUUGUGAGUGGUGCUUUUGCUGCUCGCAUCGAUGCCGUAAAUCGUAAAAUCUCGGAUAUUCGAAUGGCUUUCAGUGGAGUGGCGCCGCUCACUAAAAUGGCAACUCAAACGCAGCAAAAACUGAGUGGGAGAAUCUGGAACAAAGAAUUACUGCAUGAUGCUCGUGUGGAAUUGAGGGAAGAGUUCCAGCUAGCAGCAGGUGUACCAGGAGGCAUGGAACGCUAUCGGCAGGCGCUUGUCCUUUCUCUUUUCACUAAAUUCUUCAUUCACAUCUCACAAAAAUUGCAGCCGUCAAUGAAGAAUGAAGGCAUUUUGACUUGCACUGGCGAUGCAGGAGAAGAGCUUCGUGCAACGCAAAUCCAUCAGGCUGUGCCGUAUGCUCAAGCAGUCGCUGAUCCAGUUGGAAGACCGGUGAUGCACCAGUCAGGCGUGAAACAUACGACUGGAGAAGCUGCAUACUGUGAUGACUACUGCCCAAAAGGUUUACUUUUCAGUAUCCCAUGGAAAACCGGAUGUUUACACGCUGAUCCACAGUCAUCGCUUAAAAUAGGUGCACACUAG